AUGGAUUAUAUCGGGGUGAAACCGGCACAAGUGCAUGAUUCUCCGGAAGAGGCUGCUAAAGUCAUAGAAAAUUCUGGGUUUCUUUUGAAAAACCAAAGUUACUAUUUGCUGCACUCUAAUAGGACUAGGGAUCUUGAGAAGGGAGAUGCACAGUUCCUUUUGGACUUUCUGAAAGAUAAGCAGGUGGAGGAUCCAUCCUUCUUUUAUGCAGUGCAAGUCGAUGAGAAGGAUAGGCUGACGAAUUUCUUCUGGACUGAUGCAAGGUCGAUAUUUGAGUACUCAUGUUUUGGCGAUGCCGUUUUAUUUGAUACAACCUAUCGAGCAAGUAGGUAUGAUAUACCGUUUGCACCUCUCAUUGGAGUAAACCAUCAUAGGCAAAUUGUCGUGUUUGGUGCUGCUUUACUAUUAGAUGAAUCGACGGAAUCCUUUGUUUGGUUGUUUAAAACUCUUAUGACUGCUAUGUCUGGAAAGCAACCGAGAACAUUCUUCACAGAUAAUUGUGAUUCACUAUCGAAAGCAAUCAGUUUGGCAUUACCAGAGACAAAUCAUCAACUUUGCCUUUGGCAUAUAAUUCAAAAUGCACCCAAAAUAAUCCCUCAUGUAUAUGGUCACGAGUCCUCUUUUCAAAAGGAGUUCGAGAACUGGAUACAUGAAAGUCGCUCUGAAGAGGAUUUGCAGAAGGGAUGGGAAACUUUAUUAACUAAAUAUAAUCUUCGAGGUAACUCGUGGUUCGAAGACUUGUAUUCGACUAGAGAGAAAUGGUCUUCUGUUCAUCGUAAAAGCUCAUUUUGUGCUACAAUGACUACAAGGCAAUGGUGUGAGAGUAUGGGAAGCCAGUUCAAGAUGUUAUUCUACAGAAAAUUGCCUCCUUCGAAAUUCAUGGUGCAAUAUAUCACCAGGCCCUCCUUCAAAUUCGCGAAAAAGAACUCUCUGAAGAUCGCAAAUCUAGGCUGUGUAUAA